AGUUUUGGAUAUUAUACUACCGCUCCUUUCAGAAAGCUGUCACCUGUGGCAGUACUACAGAGCCAAAGGACAUUGCCACUAUCAGAGAGAUUCAGAAAAUGUACUGUUAUGGUUUAGACCUGGAAAUACCUCUAUUGUUCUCUCUAUCCCCGUGUUCUUCGUCCCACAAGGAGGAAUUAGACCAGUGCACUAGAGAAUUCUCAAACCUUUUUAAGUUCAACAUCUCGAGCAACACCUUGUGCAGAGUACGUGCCAAGGCCAAAGUGUGCGUAGCAAUGGCAUGGAAAAUGUCAUCAUGUACUCCAUCAGAUCUGGUGAAAGGUAUUUUCGACAAAGUCAUUGGAGAAUUCAAUCCUUUCUGCACGGGUGACAGAGAUCCGUGGUCAACGAAAAUCAAUAGUUGUGCUCCCUAUAGAAUACCUUAUCGUGAUCCCGUAUGUCAGGAUUGUAACUGCAACACCCUGCACUGGUCUGGCGGCGAUUGGCGAGGAGUCCAAAAAGGUGGUGCACAAAUAACUCAUGAUUUGGCUUUUCUUUCGCUGAGUUAUAUCGUCCGCCUUGCAGCAAUAUUGUUGUUUGAUUAUCUGAUAAUCUGAGUACCUAAAUGGCUGCAAGUGACUUAUAAAAUCACAUCGCAGACCAAUUUAUAG